UUUCAGGGUUUCGCUCCACCACAACAGCAAUUCGCGCCACCCCCUACCGCUUUUGGACAACCACAACAAUUUGGAGCACCACCUUCUGAACCGGCACCACCUGCAGGAGGAGUUCCGCCACCAUUCUCUCCACCCAUGGGCGCUCCACCAAUGGGUGGCUUUGCCCCACCACCCAUGGGCGCCCCUAUUGGCGUUCCUGGAGGUAAUCCAUUCGCACGUGGUCCAGGUCCUGCAGGUUAUCGCGGCUCACCGUAUCAUCAUUGA